CUGACGAAAUAUGUGAGUACUGUGAAGAUGGAGGAAAUGGCUCCUCAUGUCACAGAACCUUCAAAGAGCCCAAAGAUGUAUACAGUGGAGGACGCGGUGGAGACUAUAGGAUUUGGCCGAUUCCAUAUUAUGCUGUUUCUGAUUAUGGGGAGCACUGGGAUUGCUGAAGCUAUGGAGAUUAUGCUUUUGGCGGUGAUCUCGUCCUCUAUUCGCUGUGAGUGGCAUCUUCAGAGCUGGCAGGUGGCACUGGUCACUAUGAUGGUUUUCUUAGGAUACAUGAUCUUCAGUAUAAUCCUUGGGCUCCUGGCAGACAGAUACGGUCGUCUAAAGAUCCUGAUCAUCUCCUUCCUGUGGGCAGCGUACUUCUCCUUGCUCACCUCUUUUGCUCCAUCAUAUGGCUGGUUUGUCUUCCUGCGGUGUCUGGUUGGAUGUGGCGUCUCAGGCCAUUCACAAGGUCUCAUCAUCAAAACUGAAUUUUUGCCAAAAAAUGUCAGGGGUUACAUGCUCCCACUAUCACAGCUCUUCUGGUUGGCAGGGUCCUUACUUAUCAUUGGUUUGGGAUCAGUGGUCAGCCCCACCCUAGGCUGGCGCUGGCUUGUACGCUUUGCUUCCAUCCCCGGCAUCAUCCUCGUCGUCGUCUUCAAAUUCAUUCCUGAGUCAGCAAGAUUCAACGUUUCUGUGGGAAGACAACAGGCUGCGAUGGAUACGUUGGGAAAAAUCGCCAAAAUAAAUCGCUCAAAAAUGCCGGAAGGAACAAUCCAUGAGCCAGUGUCAGAGAAAACAGGAAGCUUCCUUGAUCUUCUACACCCAAAAUAUUUGCGGACAUCUUUGCAAAUCUGGGUCAUCUGGUUGGGGAUCGCCUUUGCAUACUACGGUGUGAUCUUGACCAGUUCAGAGCUUCUGGAGAACAAUCUGCUGUGUGGGACGGGUCGGGAAGAAAUCCUAAUAGAGGAGGGAGCCGGCCCCUGUUACUGCAACAUGUUAAGCACCUCUGAUUAUAACACCAUGAUGAUCAGCACAAUCGGAGAGAUUGCUUUAAAUCCUUUCAAUAUCUUGGGCAUUAACCUAAUUGGUCGUUGCUUGACCCUGGGCAUCACCAUGACAAUCACUGGAGUCUUCUUCCUGCUCCUAAUCAUCUGCAUGUCACGGACUGGACUCAUUGCAAUUCUCUUCUGCCUUCGAGCUCUGGUAUCCGCAAACUUCAACACCAUCUACAUCUACACAGCAGAGGUUUAUCCAACCGUGAUGAGGGCAAUCGGGAUGGGGACAAGUGGCUCAAUGUGCCGCAUAGGAGCAAUGGCUGCCCCGUUUAUAGCACAAGUCCUGCUCAGCGCCUCCAUUAUCGGGGCUCUCUGCCUCUUCGCCACUGUGUGCUUUAUCUGCGCACUUUCUGCCUUCAUGCUGCCUAUAGAGACAAAAGGUCGAGCUCUGCAGCAAGUCAAGUAAAGCCAGUGUAGAAGAGAAGAUUUUAUUACAACGGAGGAAGCAGACAUUAGUGGAAACCUUGUUAGUCAUACAGACCACCAUAAUGAACAAUGAAAAUAAAAUUCUAAUUCAUUUUAAUUCAAAAACAUUAGUUUUUUUCUUCUGCAACAAACAAAAAUUUGCUCUUUACCUCUCAACAAAUCAGUGCGAAAAGUAACGCAAUGCAGAGGCGGACAGGAGGCAAUGAGACAGAGGAUAACUUAGGCAAAAGAUUGGGGUAAUGGUUUUGAAUACAGAGUUCAUACAAACCACAUGGGGGUGGGGGGGGGGGGGGGG